AUGGCGUUGGCUGCAGAGCAGCGGAAGAGGAUACUCAAGGUGUUGAUGAUAUCGCUCCUUUUAGAUCUGAUCUCCUUUACGUUUAUACUGCCACUCUUUCCUUCGUUGCUUAGCUUCUAUCGAACGCAAGACCCUUCUCCCACCUCCCUCCUGAAUCGAAUGUUCCGUCUCCUGAACACCUAUAAGAACUCGUUCGCCAAGCCGAUCGACUCUCGAUAUGAUAUCGUUCUCCUUGGAGGGGCGCUGGGUUCGCUCUUCUCAUUCCUCCAGGCCAUUGCUGCUCCAUUCAUCGGCCGGCUUUCCGAUAAACAUGGACGCAGGACGGCUUUGUUGUGCUCGAUGGUGGGGAACACCCUCAGCGUCGCACUUUGGGUCGCUGCGACGGAUUUCCGCACCUUUCUUGCCAGUCGCGUUGUUGGCGGUCUGAGCGAGGGUAACGUGCAGCUGGCGCACGCAAUUGCGACGGAUAUCAGUGAUGAAAGUCAGCGAGGCUCGACUAUGGCGCUGGUGGGCGCGUGUUUCAGCAUAGCGUUCACCUGCGGACCGGCUCUGGGCGCUGCGCUCUCAAAUAUCACUAUUGUGGCUGCAAAUCCAUUCGCGACAGCUGCAGGCGUCUCGCUCCUGCUGAUCGUCACCGAGACGCUCUACCUGUACCGCUGUCUGCCCGAGACGCACCCCCGUCUCACCAAGUUCACUCAUGCUCCCUUGAAAGAGGGGGAGAAUGUCUCCUCAACUAAGAGAACCAAUGGCCCCGAAUCUACUGGUCAACCAGCUGAUCUAACUCCUCACAAACACACUAACAAUCCAGCUGUGCUGAAUCUACUCCACUUGCUCUUCCUCCUCCCCUUCUCCGGCCUAGAGUUCUCACUCCCGUUUCUCACCGCGACCUUCUACGCAGGAAGCGCCGCAAGCCCAUCGGCUUUGAACGGCCGUCUUCUCUCCAUGAUGGGUCUCAUCGCCUCUCUCCUCCAAGGUACUGUGGUCCGCCGUCUGCCGCCUCUCAUGACCGUCCGAGCCGGCGUGGUAGCCUGUGCUAUCUCCUUUUUCCUCCUUGCGCGUGUCUCCUCGCUUGCCGGUCUCUACACCUCCGGUGCUCUGCUCGCCGUGACAAGUGCCACGGUCGUGACCGGUCUGAACAGUCUGGGCAGCUUUGAGGCGCGGGAAGGAGAGCGUGGGGUCGUCCUGGGCCGCCUGAGAAGCUGGGGCCAGGUUGGGCGUGCCGCGGGCCCGCUGCUGUUCUGCUCGCUCUUCUGGUGGGCCGGGCGCGAGAUCGCCUAUACCACUGGUGGGUUUGCCAUGUUGGCUGUCUGUGUGGCAGUAUUCACAAUGUUGAAGAACCCCUUGCCCGGGAGCAAGAAGCUAUAG